AUGUCUCUUCCAAAUGUCCGAAGCACGACCAGACUCCUCGCCCGCAUCAUGAUCGCCAAGAUCGAAGAUGAGGACCGGAUCGUGGAGAUCAUUCGCAACACGCCAGUCGUGCAAAACGAUCCUAAUUGGCAAUGUCGCACCUGGGUCGCUGAUGUUUUGUCAAGAACUGCUCAGGAUGGCGGAGCUGUUGGGACUGCGGAACUGGAUUGGGCAAAGAUUGAGCCUGUUGCCCGUGAAUAUGUUGUUGCCCAAGCCGACCUGGGACAUGCUGCUGGGAAAAGAGGUUGUACCGUAGUCUCUCGAUCAUUAUUCCUUCAGAUAGGAGAGAGAGUGCAGUACGAUGUUAGGUCAGAGCCUACAACUCCCAGCGAGAUGUUGGUAAAUUAUUGCUCAUAA